CCAUAUAACACUUACCAUAUAUAUAUAACGGCAGGUGAAAAUAUAAUCAUAAAGAUAUUUGACUCAGUUUAACAAUGAUCGUGGCUGCAGGUUUGAUAGUUUUCAGGAGAGGUGUGGACAGUGUAGAGUACUUACUUUUAAAGCAUUCUAACAGGAAAUGGCAUUGGUCCCCUCCUAAAGGUAAGAUAGACCACGGUGAAUCCUUGUUUGAUGCCGCUCUAAGAGAGACCAAAGAAGAGACUGGAUUCACUGUACCACCACUCAAACUCUAUAAAGACUUCCACAACACCGUCCAUUACCAACGGAAUGGGGUACCAAAGAAAAUAGACUUCUGGCUAGCAGAACUACCUGAUGAUAUUGAAGUGAAGCUCUCUGAUGAGCACAUCGACAAGAAGUGGUUAAAAGUCACGGAAGCUGUUGAAUAUGUUCGAUAUAAAGAAGUGGGAGGAGUCCUAGAAAAAGCUGAUGUGUUCAUACAAAAAAACAUUCCAAAAAAAUAGCCAUUGGCACUAGCUUCCAAUGUUAGGAGAUGCCGAACUAAACAUUCUAGUAAAUGAAACUUAAAGGAAUAUUCUCGUCAAAUUGAUUUGUAUAACGAAAUAAAAAGGAAGUUGAACUAUAGGCCUAGUGGGCGCUCCUUUUGUAACUAAAUUCUUACAACCUGAUAGCAACAAUUGUUUACAACAGCAUUAACUUUGUUUUAAAGUGUGAUCAUCUGAUUUGUUACAAUAAAUUGUAAGCUACUG